AUGGAGGGCCUUCCCCUUGGUGCUCACUUCCAGCCUACUGACCAAGAGAUACUGUUCUACCUCCGCUAUUAUGCCGAGGUUGGCCAGCCUCUCGACGGCGGAUUCAUUAUGCAAGGGGACCUCAGAUAUUUCCAGGUGGAGCAACCCCCAGACGUUCGCAGUUUGGAAAGACUGUACUACUACACAGAGUGCUUCUACAGGCCGGUGCGGGGUCCACCGACUCGAGAUCGGUGCACCGUCGACGGGAGGGGCUGCUGGAAUUCUAGAGAGGGACAAAAGACCAUCUAUCAGAGUAGCGAGAUUGUGGGGUACAAGCAGGAAUUCAAAUUUUUCUUCCGACCAGAACCUUCUGGAGAAUACGUCUCAACAUCUUGGGCCAUGACCGAGUACACCCUUAAUUCCAACAGGAGCAACAACAAGGACAAUUAUAGCUAA